ACACCACCCCCCCUCCACCCUCGAUCUCACUCACGCACACCCACCUCCCCCCUCCCCCCCCUCCUCCGCCGCGGCGCGUCUCCACUCCACUCCACUCCUCGCCGGCCACCAACCAACCACGCGAGUGGUGGGGGGGUGGGUGGGGCCCACAUGUCCGAGGAGGACGACGACCAGCCGCCGCCGCUGCCGGCGCAGAAGCGGCCGCGCGCGUCGCCGCCGCCGGACCAGGUGCUCGACAACGUCCUCGAGACGGUGCUCCAGUUCCUCGACUCGGCGCGGGACCGGUGCGCGGCGUCGCUGGUGUGCCGCUCGUGGAGCCGGGCCGAGUCCGCCACCCGCGCCUCCGUCGCCGUCCGCAACCUCCUCGCCGCGUCCCCGGCGCGCGUCGCGCGACGCUUCCCGGCCGCGCGGCGCGUCCUCCUCAAGGGCCGCCCGCGCUUCGCCGACUUCAACCUCCUCCCGCCAGGCUGGGCCGGCGCCGACUUCCGCCCCUGGGCAGCCGCCGUCGCCGCCGCCGCGUUCCCCGCGCUCGCCUCCCUCUUCCUCAAGCGCAUCACCGUCACCGACGACGACCUGGACCUCGUCUCCCGCUCCCUCCCCGCCUCCUUCCGCGACCUCUCGCUCCUCCUCUGCGACGGCUUCUCCUCCGCUGGCCUCGCAUCCAUCGCUUCCCAUUGCAGGGGGCUGCGAGUGCUCGAUGUGGUUGACUGCGAGAUGAACGACGACGACGACGAGGUGGUGGACUGGGUGGCGGCGUUCCCGCCGGGGACGACCGACCUCGAAUCGCUCUCCUUCGAGUGCUACGUCCGGCCGGUGUCCUUCGCCGCGCUCGAGGCGCUCGUGGCGCGCUCGCCGCGCCUCACCCGCCUGGGCGUCAACGAGCACGUGUCGCUGGGGCAGCUGCGCCGGCUCAUGGCGAACACGCCUCGCCUGACGCACCUCGGCACCGGAGCGUUCCGGCCGGGGGACGGCCCCGAGGAUGUGGGGCUCGACAUCGAGCAGAUGGCGUCCGCGUUCGCGUCCGCUGGCCGGACGAACACGCUGGUUUCGCUGUCUGGCUUCCGCGAGUUCGAGCCGGAGUACCUGCCCACCAUUGCCGCCGUGUCCGGCAACCUAACGAACCUCGACUUCAGCUAUUGCCCGGUCACUCCCGAUCAAUUCCUGCCCUUCAUCGGGCAAUGCCACAACCUUGAGAGACUAUAUGUGCUUGAUUCGGUGCGUGACGAGGGGCUCCAGGCCACGGCGAGGACUUGCAAGAAGCUCCAGGUUCUCCAUGUGCUUCCAUUGAACGCACUUGAGGAUGCCGAUGAGCUGGUGUCGGAGGUCGGGCUUACUGCCAUUGCUGAGGGCUGCCGAGGGCUCCGUUCGACGCUUUACUUCUGCCAGAGUAUGACCAACGCUGCGGUGAUCGCCAUUUCUCAAAAUUGCGUGGACCUUAAGGUAUUCCGGUUAUGCAUAAUGGGACGUCACCAGCCUGACCAUGUGACUGGGGAGCCCAUGGAUGAAGGGUUUGGUGCCAUUGUUAGGAACUGCAGCAAGCUUACUAGGCUCUCCACAUCUGGACACCUGACUGAUCGAGCUUUCGAGUACAUUGGCAAGUAUGCCAAGUCGCUCCGGACGCUCUCUGUUGCGUUCGCUGGAGACAGCAAUCUGGCGUUGCAACACAUCCUCCAGGGGUGCUCGAAGCUGGAGAAGCUGGAGAUAAGGGAUUGCCCAUUUGGGGAUGCUGGCCUCCUCUCCGGAAUGCACCAUUUCUAUAACAUGCGGUUCCUCUGGAUGUCAGGUUGCAACCUUACGCUGCAAGGUUGCAAGGAGGUCGCACGGAGGCUACCAAGAUUGGUGGUGGAGCUGAUAAAUAGCCAGCCUGAGAACGAAAGGACCGACAGCGUGGACAUCUUAUACAUGUAUCGGUCGCUUGAAGGGCCAAGAGAGGAUGUACCACCAUUCGUGAAGAUCCUAUAAGCUGCUUCUGCAGAGUGGCACUUGAUACGCUGAAUGCGGCCUAAGCAACAAGGGAAGGUAAGAUAGCUGGAGUCAGGCGUAUGAUCAUUUUUUGUAUGCUUGAAGUUGGAAGGAGUUCUAAAGCCAUCUAUCAGAGCUGCAAAUGGUUAAAUUGUUGUACUACUAGUAGGGGGGGCAUCGGUAUAUGCAAAAUUUUCUACCGCAAGAUCAUAAGUGCAUCAGAGCAGGCUUCUUCGAGGGGGCUUCAUCCCCUCAGUUUUGUUUGCUGCUCUGAUGGCCUUCUGUUUGAGGGGGGCAAUCUAUCUAUGCCGGCACAACCACCAUGGUUCCUCUAAUUUUUUUCCCAACUGAAGCUUGUCAUCAGAUUAAAUUCAUUAACACAUUUCCUGUUUCUUGCCUUUAUAAUUCCUUCUGUUUUCGCAUUCGUAUGUUGGAACUCAGAAAAACAGAAACCCUGCUGAAUUGAGCUUAUGUUUAAAUUCCUA